AUGCAACAACCAAGCUCUGAUUAUUCUCCAGACCUGAUCAAAGAAAUCUGCACCAGUGUGGAACUUCUAAACAGGGAAGCUGAUCUCCAUAAAGAAAAUGUUUCUUUGUCUGGAAGCAGCAGCCUAGAAGAUGUCUUCAGUUCCUAUGAAAUGCAGGCAGUACCACUUUGUAUGGACACUACCUUGCCUCCAGGGGACUACAUUCAAAGACAAGGUUAUACAGAGUCUUCACUUCCGAAACCUCCAACAGAGGAGUGCAUUGGGAGCCACCAUGCACCUUUCCAGUUCAACCGUCAUGCUCUGUCCAGAAUCUCCACUUCUCCAACAUUAAGGCGUCUAAGAAUGGCCUCUGCCUCACAAGCACUGUCACUUCAGGACUGUUCUGACAUGGGGAAUCAAAAGGAAUACACUGCCUCUCUCCACCACAUUUGUAAGAGUCCACCUCGGUGCAUUACAAUUUCCUCAUUGUCGUUGCCUUCUUGCAUCCAUGCAAAAUUAUUGUCUUCCAAAGCCAAGUCCGAAUCAACUACACCAGCUCCAGAGUCUGACGUACCCAGAUCAAAGCUUCCAAGCCAAGAAGAUCCUUUCAGCUAUGGUAGUCCCAAUGAGCCACCCAGAAACUCUUGGAGAGCCAACUCUUCUACGCUGCCUAGGAGACUCCCCCGUCCAAGCCCUACACCAUGGAUGGGUGUCCAGCUGAUUGCCUCCUGUAUCAGCAAGGAGCACUUCAGAAGUUUCUUCUGCAGCCUCAAGCGGAGAGAGAUGAUGUGUGUUGUUGUUGCGUCUCACAGAUCAGCCGAGCGCAGGCGUAGCUCCCUGGUAGUGAGUCUGCCGGGACUCGAGGUGUUCCCUGGAGACCUCCUGGUGUCAGACAGCGCCAUGGACUACCUGCCCUACUCACCCUUCCUGCUAAGUGCAGAGUCCAAAAAGUCAAGGUGGCCAUUUGUCAAAAGAGGAGUUGGUAAAGAAAAACAGAAGCAAGCAUCUGAUCUGGAAAAUUGUCUUUCAACUGUUAAGAUCGUAGACUGCUGCACAUAUGAAUUUUUCUGCUUUAAGAGUAAAUCUUGGCAUGAAUUUAUAAAUGGACAACAGACUGAGCAGAAAGAUGUCGACAGCCGGUUAGAAGUGAAAAAAGAAGCAGCAGUGUGGGAACUUUUCACAAGUGAAUGCACUUACUUUCUGGAUCAUUUGUUGGUUCUCAAGAUGAUAUUUAUGAACACCCUAAGAUACCUCCAGAGUAAUGAGUUUCUCUUGGAUGUGGAUUUGUGGAGACUUUUUGCAAACUUAGAGGAGUUAAACAAGAUAAGUCUCAGUUUUCUGAAAACUUUUUUUCAAACUGUGAAGGAGCAUAUCAGCAAGUCAGAGUCUCCCUUGGAUUUCAGCUCCGUACUCAGAAUGUUUUUCCAGGGUGACCUCUGCCAGACACACCAGAUUUAUUGCCUUAAUUAUACUUCUGCUGUCUUCUACUUGGAAAAACUGAGACUGAGAGAAGAUUUUGGCAUCUACCUGAAAUGGUGUGAGCAAAAUGAACAGUGCAAGAGGUUGCGUUUGCCAGAGCUGCUGGUUGCUCCUCUGCAUCGACUGACGCGCUAUCCUCUCCUCCUUAACAACAUCUGGAAGAGGAGCACUGAUGAAACAGAGAAAGGCCUUAUCCAGUCACUUAAGGAGAAAGUGGAAAAGUCCAUAUGGGACCUGGAAGGUAAAGUCAAGUGGCUGGACAACUUUCAGAAGUUCAGGCAGCUGCAAGAGGUCAUAAUUUGGCCUCAGGUCUGGGAUCGUGACAAAAGGUUCUUUGUCCCAGAGUGUUUGAAGCAAAGCUUAAGAGAAAACAGCAGUGAAAACAUUUUGUCUUCAGCGAACAGACGUCUCCUUCACGAAGGGAGGCUGACGUUAGCAGAAAGCACAAGACUCCUUGAUGUCUACCUCUUCCUAUUCGAUGAUUUCCUACUAAUUACCAAAAUUAAACGUAACAAAAAGAAAUAUGGGGGCUCAGACACCAGCUUAAUCUCUGUCUGUCCUUCCCUCACUCCUGAGCUGCAGUCCUUCAUAAGAGAGGGUGGAUUUUGCACAGUCCUGGACCAGCCCAUCCCACUAGACAGACUGAUACUGAAAAACAUUGAACCUGUCCAAGUUACAGUCUUCAGCCUGAGAAAUGCUUUCCUAAUACAGCAUGAAAACAGGUAUCGGCAGUGUAUAGCGGUCUUCUUGCUACAAGCUCCAACAGAGACUGCCAAGAAAGCAUGGAAGUCACAGAUAGAAAUGGCAAUUGCUAAUUACACCACAAGACAUGAAACCAAGAAAAGCACUGAGUUCUGCUUCCCAGUUGAAUCCUCUGAAAUUUAAUAAUGCCAGCACUGCACUGACACAGCCAGUGGAAGAUUGCUGUGGUGAUAACACAGUUAUCUCUUCCAGAAUGCCUUAAGUUUCUGAAACUAAUAGAUUUCUGACUUGACAAAAAUGAGCAGUUCAGACCAUGCCAUGUAGGAAUAAAUUGGAGGGGGAGAAUGAGCCAUGAAACAAAUUUACGGCUCCUAGAAGCUCUUUUGCUUCAUUUAGGGAAGACUGUGUCCAUCCAGGGAAGCUUUAAUACAGCUUGUAAUUUCCUAGAAAGUGUGACAGGAAAAAAACCCUGUGUUGGUGAGGAGAAUUCA